AUGGAGAAGCCCGCCUCCUCCCUCCAGGUCUCUAAAGUGGUAGCUCACCUGUCUCUUGUCUUCCUCGUCGCCUUCUCCACGGUGAUCAGCGGUGAGCAGCUCUCUCGGUGUCGUUUUGUUCGAGGAGUCUCGUAAGACAUUCGCUGCAUGCUUUUCAUCAACACGUUGUCUGUGGCUCCCGCAGGAGGACGCCCGGGCCUCGCCGAAGCAGGCGGCGUAGUGUACAGGGCGGCAAUGGCGACGGAGCGCCGUCCCAUCGAGGCCCUCACCGGCGUCCGCCAGUCGCUGGCCGCCUUCGAGCACUGCGACAAAUGCACAUGCUGCGGCGGCGGCCAAUGCAAGACGCUACCUUGCUGCUUCGUCCUCGACUGCAAUCUUCCCGGCAAUCCUUUCGCCACUUGCAAUUUACAUCCCAGGGAGUGCAACUGCGACUUGUCCGGAAGACCAGCGGCACCGGCUGACUGUCGCAGCAGGACAUUCCCUGGAUCCCCAUUUAGAAUAAGCACGCGACGUGAUUAUUUGCUAUACGAAAACGGCAUGAUGUUUGACAAUCUUUGCCGAAAUAGUCUACUUCCAAUCUGUGUUCGACCCGCCAAACUCUUCGAUUAUGGAAUCACGGAAGCCGGGCCCAUCGCCAUCGAUACCACGUCAUCGAUAUCGUGGUUUCUCUCUCUCUCUCUCCCAUGUAUUGAUCUAUCUUUCAGGCUCACGGUGACGAACGUGAUGAAGUCACGAGAAUUAAUAUUGAAACCAAGAAGCGGGCAUUUUAUUCUCGACAUGCCUAGUGAUUGCAGACAAUGCACACAAAACCACGGAUUUUCUCACUGGCCCACCACCUGGCGCUGUCUCCUUCGUCGGCGGGUGCAUCAAUGCUGA